UGCUGACUUGGUGGUAGAUUCGACGUGAGCGUUUGCUUCUUGUCCCUGGCGUCUCGGGCGUGUCAACGGGUUUCCGACUCCAGGGGAAACGGACCUCUCAUCAUAUCGCAACUUGAUUGCAACUUGAUUGCAACUUGAUUGUCGGACUGGUUUCGCCUAACUGCUUGUUCCGUUAUUAUCACUGGAAUCUCCUACCUCGCCAUUCGUUAAGUUUUCUGUCUCUGGUCGGCACAAGCGCAGGCACACAUACAUAUAAACGGAAACGUACACCUUGUCUGUACUGGUACAUAGAAAUACAUCGGCCCGUUACCACUCUCCAUCUUGGUCACAGUCACACUCUUCUCUAACCUCUAACUGCUACCCGUCCCCACACUCUUACUCCGGCCCGGGGCCCUGCAAACGUCAACGAGGCUAGCAAUCAAGUGUGUUUCGUCGUCGUUGUCGCUGUCGCUGUCGUCGUACUUCAUCAUCGGGCCUUCAAGUGUGCUGCUGGACUGCUGCUGGUGGCUCACCCGGCAAGUUGGCCAACCAGCAGUGGGUUGUCGUCGGUUAUCGAGAGCUGCCACAGCACGAAGAGCAGGCAAGCAAUGCCCUCUCAGGUUACCGGCAAUAGCAGCAGUAGUAUUGCACCCCCAUCGACCGUUGUGGCCUCGACCACGGCUCCAAUCCCCGUUGCGACCACCACUCCCGCUCCCACCCAUACCACCACCACCACCACCAUUCCCACCAUUCCCACUAGCAGCGCUACAAUAACACCUGGCCCUGCAGCUCCUACAGGGGCGAUCGCGCUCAAGCGACCGGCUGCAUCCGAUCUGCAGCGCAUUGCCGGCACCAGCGCCACGCCGUCCAAGAGACAAGCUACUGGCUCUGGGAGCCACAGCCUACGAUCCAUCCCGAAUCCAACAAGCGCCGCUGGUGCCAGUGUCAGCGCCAGCGCCAGUACUGAUCCAAGUCGCUUCGAAUCGCCCGCCUUACUAUCCCACCACACCCAACUGCUCUUCCAGCCUGCGUCGGCUACGGUCACGGCCACCAUGCCUGCGCCCGCACUACUCACCGAGGACCAGCUGCAUGACCGAACCCCCGAGCAAUUGAUUGCUACCAUUCUCCAACUCCAAAGCCAACAUCAGCAUUUUCUCGCGCAAAUCAACGCCCAAUUUGAGAGUAUCAACCAGCAAUUGACCGAUCUGCGGAGCGGGCUUGUCGCUUCUCACCAGGCUGCUGCGUCGGCCCUGAGCGCUAGAGACCAACCCGUGCGAUCAAUCAUACCACCACCGCCUGCGCCUCCACAGCAAACCGCCGUUCCCCCGCCUCCGCGACCGCCUACGCAAACACCCACACGCGCCACACCUCGUGUACCGCCUCCAUCUCCCGGUCAUCAUAUUGCUCCCAGGUCUUCCGUGUCGGGAUCAACACCAACUCCGGCGGGCCCUCCACAGUAUGAGUACCGAACCGUGGCGACAGUAGAGGAAGUAUGGAAGGAGUACCGUGAAGGCAUGGGUGGACAGCCGGCCAUCGAGAAACUAGAUUCUAUGUACGGAUCGAGAUGGCGACCAGAACCUCGUGGACGAACCUGGUAUUCGAGACGGAAAGUCAUUUGGGAUAAGAUUCGCGAGUAUAUAAACGAAGGCAUGGACGAAGAUGCGGCAGUACAGGAGGUGGAGAAACUUCGUGAGGGGGGGACAAUUAACAAGUUGAUCCGCAUGCUACAAGAUGAGCGGAAAGAAAAGGGCAUUGGCGAUGAUGGCGUUGGCACCUAGAAGCAAAGUUUUCUCGAAUCAUACAUAUAAGGCUGGCGUUUUUGGAGAGGGCAGCAUUGAUACCACUCACGAGGGGGGUUGGUGGGUUGCAUUUCGGAAUGGGUUGACACUUCGGGUUACGACUAUAUCUCCGACUUGUUACGAGCUAUGUUCAUGGCUGUGGUAGAGGCUUGGAGGCUACCUUCGCACAGCGCCGGCUACGACACGACAGGUCGCCUAUCGGCGGAACUGCGAUCACUUACCCUUUGCUUGG